ACCUACUCUUUUUUGUAAUCCCUGAACAGUGUGAACAUGGGAAUAACAAUUGAAGAUUUCAAGUUCAUAUAUUGGAUGGAAUAUGCAUAUCGAAUGUGGGGAAGGGCAUUGGGUAUAACAAUUAGUUGACGCAAAAUUUCAUGCCCCACUUACUGCAACACAGUUGAGAUUACGAGUUUCUGAUAUGUUCCUCGUGUUGAAUUUCCAUCCCAUUGGAUGGGACAUUGUUUUUGUUUUACAGCUUGAUCAUCGCAUACUUGCAUCUGCAACAUUAGCUUCCAUUGGUGGGCUAUGGUGGGCAACAAGGAAACUGGACAUUCACCCUGCAGUACGUUCUUUAAUUCAAAGCACUUUGGGCAUGGCUGCUCUACAGGUGAGCUUGGGCAUAUCAACGCUUCUUGCGUACGUGCCCGUUUCAUUAGGAACAGCACACCAAGCUGGAGCUCUAACACUCCUAACACUCAUGAUUCUUCUCAACCACACCGUGAGGCGCCCUUCUCUCAAUCUUCUCAGGUCAUUGCCUGAAGCAGCAGGAACAAGAACGGAUACCUCUGCAUUCAUGAAGGGCAGCAUGUAAAGUCUUUUAUGGAUUUAAGAUCCAUAUAUGAAAUUUUAAUAUUCUCGUAUGAGCAAUACAUUAUCGUAAAUAUAUGUAUUAGUUUUUA